CUACUUCUCAUCUCUCAGUCUUGGCCACCUUGGUUCAGUAUAACCAAGAAGAAUUGCACCCUCAUCGCUGUCAGGAGUGUUCUCAGGAGUAGAACAGCUGCCUACACUUUGACUGGUGAGUUCGUCGUUGCCGUCUGUGUUGCUGAUUAGUUUUUCUUUAGGUUCUUUAGGCUUGCUCAUUGAUCAGACCAGCGCUGAUCAUCAUCUGUCCUCUCUUAUCAUCAUUCACUGUUGGGUAUAGUCACACCUACGCCUCCAGACCUCGCACCUUCACGUCCGGUCAUUGUAUCCUUCUUCAUCGAGGUUACAUAUAUCGCUCGUCAUCAUUGGAGCCCACCGCGAGGGAGGGUUUUUGUGAUUAUACUUGUUCAUUGCUGUCUCACCUUUCUUUAGGUUGCCUGGAGAAGCCUACUCAUUAGCCACCAGAUGGUUAAUCAACCUGAACACCAACCUCAAUCAUCAUCGACACUGUUAUCCUUCACCGAAAUACGUCAUCCAAGGUCAGAGCUGGACUCUGACGACGAUCACCCAACUAUGACAGCCUCAUCCUCAGCCAUCGUCUGGUACGACGGCAAAUUUUUUGAACCCACAGCCUCCGGCUGUAAAUAUUCAUCCCUAUUCCAUUCCUACUCACCACCCAGACCCUCAUGGUCCAGUACAUAGUCAUGUACCCUCCAGUCAUCCUUCCAAUAGAAUGUUUGACGGUGUCUAUGCUGUCGCUCUUCCACCGCUCUACUCCCGUGAAGCCCCAACACAGUUUCGAGGAUCAUAUGCCAAGGUCGAAGAUUUCAUUAAGCAUUUUGAGAGAUUGCUAGUGAAGUAUGGAAUUAAUGAUGAGAGAGAACAAUGUGAAGGAAUACUGGAGUAUUGUUCUACCAAAGUCCGAAGAACCAUACAGUCCCUCACUGCAUACCAGCUAGGAUCUUGGAAGAAGUUGAAGAAAGAGAUUCUUCGCUUGUAUGAUGCUGACCGCGCUCAGAACCGAUACCAACCUAGUGACAUUCAGGCUUUGGCUUUGAGACAGGCAGCUCAUCCCAUUGACAACCUAUCCCAAUGGUUGAAGUAUGUCAGACGUUUUCAAGAAAGAGGUGGUAUAUUGGUUCAAACCGGAAGAAUGACUGUCCAAAUAUAUGCCACUUAUUUUUGGUUGGGAAUUCCACAACGUUUGAAAGGAAUUUUGGAGUUGACCUUGCAUGCCAAGAAACCUCUCAGGGAUGUUUCUGAACCCUAUCCAGUUGAGGAGGUAUGUGAAGCUGCAGAACAUUUCUUUAAGCGGUCCAGAUUUGUUUCCAUGGUACCUGAUGCUGGAGCCUUUGGAACCCAGCAACAAGAAGAGGACUCUGGAGAGGACUCAGAAUCAGAAUCAGAAUCUGAGUCUGAUGAGGAGGACUAUGAAAAAUGGAGGAAGAAGUUCAAGGAAAGAAGGAAGAAGAAAUCUCGCACCAAGUCAAAGGAUAUUAAAAAUUCUUACCCCACACCAACAGUCCCCAUGGCACCUGCAGAGAUUUCUAGGACAACACAGUUCUCAGGACCUCAAUCGGAAGUUGCGGAUCUAAUUACCAGAUUAAAUUCAAUGCAGUUGGAUCACCCAGAAUAUGGGACCUUGUAUUACAGGGCCACCACUAUGGACCCACACAGCAAGGCUUGUAUUAACAAAAUUCCUAGCCAACAGUUCUUACCCAACAGCCGUCCACCAAAUUCCUAUUCAGGAGGACAAGGCAAUAGACCUCCCAAUAAUUUUUCUCAUGACGGAAGGGGAAUAGGGGUCAACUCAUAUGAACAGCGACCACCACCCAACUCCUCUUUUGCCUGUUUUGGAUGCGGAAAUCCCAAACAUCGAAUUACUGAAUGUCCGUUGGUAACCGAACGGAUCACAAAACAAGAAAUUAAAUGGUGUCCUGAUCGGCGUAGAUAUGUUCUAUUUGAUGGAUCAGAUCUCGGACGCCCAACGCCCGGUGAAACUCUAAUUCAAGCCAUUGAACGGAAUAUUAGACCAAAGGACUCACAAAACAAUCAGUCCCCGAAUCAAGCAAUGCUUCUCACUAUAUCAGAUGCUGUACAAAAUUUCUAUGCUCAACAGGGAACUAAUCAACCCAAUAACGGUGAAGAGAUUGAAUAUGAAACAGCCUCUGGAGACAGUGGGGAAAGAUCUGAAAGCGAGUCCGAUGGAUAUUCUGGCAUGUGGGGUGAAAGCGAAUCAGAAGUUUCCGAAAUUUCGGAAAUUGAAGAGUCAACACCAGCCUAUGAAACCAAUUUGACCCAAACAGCCGUUAAUCUAGGGGCUGAACGUACUAAAACAGUCUCCCGGGCUUCCAGAACCCAAGUACAACAAGGUCCCAGAGAUAAUUCACGUGAAUUUAGGGCCAAAAGGGCGGUACACCCACCCAAAAGAGCCGAUGGUACCACUCCAACUUGGCAAGAGGCAGUAGGUGCCCAUAAACGGUCACCAAGGGCAGGGACCACGAAAGGAAAGGAACUGGAACGAAUUUCGGGCAAAAUAUCCGAAGUAAAUGAACGGAUCGGAAAAGAAUUGCCGAAUACACCGUCGGACCGAAAUAAAAUGGACACAAGACCCGAUAAUUCCGCGGCCGCAGAACACGUGCCGCCGGCAGCACCUAUACCAGCGGUGACUGAGUCGCCACGCGGCCAUUCCUCUUCUGUUCUUCCCCUUCAUCCUGCGCCAUUCAACGCCCGUCCUUCGAGCUUCCGAAGGGCCGUCUCCCUUGAACCCGAGCUUCUGGCUCAAGGAAAUGGCAGGACCGAGUCUUUAUACCGAACAAUGCGUCAACAUGUCAAGAUAAAUGAACCAGAAGUAACAAAAGUCGCACCACCUCCUACACGAACCAAACGGGAACGGAAAACAGACCUUGCUCGACGCGUUGACAUGCAAGAUGUCAUCUCCCAAAUCCUUGGAACGACUAUCCAGAUGCCUUUAGGGGAAAUCUUAGGUGCAUCUAAAGAAUUAAGUACCGUUUUUCAUGAACUAACGAAAGUCAAGGUCCCCAAAGCAACGAAGAGCUCUAAAACCGUUCUAGCGCAGACCAAUGUACCUCACACGAACACCUACUUCACCCAUAAUGCUCAACUCAUUGAAAUUCUUCUAGAAUUCGAAGGAAAUUACAUUCGGGCGAUAAUUGACACGGGUUCGAUGAUUAAUGUAAUCAGCAGCAAGACAUACGAAGCUGCCAUUCGACUUCCGAUCGACUUAGGACAACAGACGGUGAUGCACGACGCUAACGGUGGAGAAGGCGUAUUACGCGGAGCAAUUGACGGAUUGAAGUUGCUUUGCGGUUCGGUUGAAACAGUCGGAUUUUUCUACGUUGGUGAGUCGGUUCCGUUUGAGAUGUUACUAGGGCGACCGUGGCUAAGAGAAAAUGCGGUUAGUAUCGACGAAAGAAGAAAUGGAACAUAUCUCGUAUUCAAAGACAAAGAGACUUGGGACCCCAGAUUUGAGAUGCUAGCAUCCACAAUUCUGGGGCAGCGUCCGCAAUUCAGGUUAGCCGCAAGGGCAAAAGGUGCGGCUAUUAGGUCCUUUCUGGCUCGAUUCGUAACCUCACGAAAACCUGAACGUGGGGAUGACAGGACCAGUUCGGGAAUCGAGGAAAUCCCCGAGACGGAUAUCGAAGAAACUGCCGGCGAAGUCGGCGCAACCACGCCAACACUGGUCACACAGGAAAUCGUCGACGAAGAAGAUAAUCCACAGCGUCAGCCAUAUUAUGAUGGCUUCGACAUUCCUCAUACUCAGUUUCGGCUACGGCCAGUUCGUUGGGAUCAAACGGAUACGGAACGAGACCUCGACAGUCAACAUAGGAGCAAUAGAGAUGGCGAUUUAACAAUUUCGGAAGUUCCGCUCCAAAACCCAACAUCCGACUCCCCAGAAACGUCGUUGUUACGGUCCCUAGUUCAUUCAGCGAGCCCUGAACCCGACAAUUUGGAAGAUUCAAUCCCGUCGUUCUCAUUAUUACUUCAAAUCUGGAUGGACAUACUAACAGCAGUCAGCCUGUUAGUCUUACUAUGGAUGAAAACGAAGUUGGAAGGGGUAGUGGGGCCUGAGGAAGGUAUAAGAGGAUCGAGUUCGACUCCUCCAGACUCUCCUCAUCACAACACUUCCUUUUACUUCUUGAUGCCGCCCCUUACUCGCCAACAGGCACGACGUUCUACUACGGAGGCUGGUCCUCCUGCUCCUGCACCUACGGUUGCUCAACCUCAACCUAUUCAUUCCACACCGUUCAAACCACCAUCUCCAACGCUCUCUCCUCCACCUCAUGGACUGGUUGACCCAGGCCCUAUCGAUCCUGUUGGCGCUUCGCCACAUUUGAAGACCACUGGGAUGCUCAUCCGCGAUUUAUGUGACCAAGCUGCGAAUCAGUAUCGUAACACUGGUCGCAUUCACACUCGUCCCUCUGUCCUCUCUACCGCCCAAGCUUACCUUGUCGCUGCCGAACCCACUGAAAACGGUGGCAUUCGACAGGAAUUGCUCGUCCUGAAUGCCGGACUCAUGCUGCACAACCCCACCGAGAAGAAAAAUUCUUUUCAACUUGGACAUGCUUAUAUUCGUUUCUAUCCCCUUUCCAAUCCUCUUCCUAUCGCUCCAAAAGCCGUUUUAGCUCAACAUCUUGUCUACACCUACCACGAGCGCAAACCAGUUACUCCAAAGGUAGCACAGGCUGAAUUGGCCAGUGGUGUACACAAUUUACGGCCCGUCGAUUUUCAUACGUCAGGACCGUUUCCUGUUUCAUCAUCGCCCGCCAUACGAAGAAGCCAGGGUGAGUUGGAAUUGGUAUACCCUGGUGGAAAUAGGCAUUCACCACAGAUAUUUUCAGCAGUACAGACUCUUGACCCCGCCGUAUGCAGUGACGAAGAUGAAGACAUGCCUGACCUCGCCGAAUGUGGUUCGGACAUGGAUGUAGACCAGCCCGGAAGCGCCACUACCCGCCCCUCUAGCUAUUUACCAUCUCCCGCCUCCAGUACAGGUGCGACUUGUGGUUCAGAUAGGUCCACAGAGUCUCAAGUCCAAACACCGACGCCUUCUACCACUGUUCCCCUCAGCAAUCCUGCCCCUUUUCAGACUUCAGUCCCUAUCAUGCCCAAUGUCCGUGUACCGUUUUUUGAAAGCAAAUUGAUGCCCAACACCCGGUUAUUACCCAGCAUAUUCAUGACCAUCGGGCAGCUGGAUCGUACCAUUGAACGUCCACCUGCUGGCCAGCCUGUGUUUGACCUCACUAAAUCAGCGAGAGAGGUUGAUCCAGGCGAACUCACUUCUAUCUACCAGAUCGUCGAUGGCGCCAUCCUGCAUGAGCAUCCAAAAGAAAGUCUGGCUCAUUUGGUACAUGCAUGGAAGGCGUUGUUCAAUGAAUUACACUUCCAGGUGAUUGAAGAAAGAUCGGAGGAGUAUUACAAGGGGGACGAACCAAGUAUGGAGAACCGACGGGAAGUCACUCGUCAUUUUGAGGACUCAAAGGUUUGUCGUCAAUUGACGAACCGGCUUCGAUAUCGCAUGUUUCUAUCCCACACCUUACCGACUCAGCCAUUAAUGGAGCAGGAUGGAUUUGACCGGGAGGAGUGGACGAAUGAAAACGAGUUCCGAGGAGUGAGGGUAGCUCUCAUAGGACGAUGGAAGUAUCGACGGAUGGUUGCUCUUGCCAUCAUACGACAACUUUACCGUGUUAUGGUGUUCACGGUCGAGUUUUUUCUCCUCUGCAAGGUUGAGCACCUUUUCCGAGCUCGUUAUGCUGCUUAUAUCGCCCAGGGCAAUGGCCUGGAGCGAUACCCACCUCUCUUAGACAAUCGCUUUUUCCGGGAAGACCAGAGGCGAUGGAUAGUCGUCGCCUGGGAAAUCUUUGCUUACAUUCAGGAGAUUGAGUUGUCGGCACUUGCUCAAGCCACCCUCCGAUUACAGUUCAAGGACUCAGAGGCACUUGAGAACCUUCAUUUGUUCAACGUUCUACCACGAUUACCCACUAACCUUCCCGGCGUGGACCCUAUUUAUUGGACCGACAUUUUAGCCCGCAAAGAAGACGUAGAAACCUUUAUUAGCCAUGUAACCCUUCCUUCAAACCCAUCUUCUUUCAGUCAUUCUUCUCCACCUGCCAGUACGGUUAAUCCUGCCUCCCUUUCUUCUCUUUUGAACCCAACCAAAGACUCAAAAACUGCCUCUACCUCGUCACCUGCUGUUGCCGUUCUUUAG